AUGGGGGACCCUGGCUCCCCGCCCGACUCCGCGGUCAGGCCUUAUCCAGAUCUGCUCUUCCCUGGUUUGGCUGCACCUGCUGGGUUCCUGGGACCCAUGCCAGACCUCCUCAGGCCUCCUCAUGAUGGGAGGUGGGGGUGGGGCUGGCGCGACCUAGCCUGGGCACUCACGGCCUGCCCUUCCCACAGGUACCUCCGGGUCCUGCUCCUGCUCCUCCUGGCCCUGACUGUGCUCCUGCUGGCCAGAUUCCUGCACUUGGACCCAGAGCUGGACACACCCCUGUUUGGGGGCCAGGCCGAGGGGCCGCCGGUCACCCACAUCAUGUUCCUGAAGACGCACAAGACGGCCAGCAGCACGGUGCUCAACAUCCUCUACCGCUUCGCCGAGACCCACAACCUGUCUGUGGCGCUGCCCGCCGGCUCGCGCGUCCACCUGGGCUACCCCUGGUGCUUCCUGGCACGCUACGUGGAAGGUGUGGGGUCGCAGCAGCAAUUCAACAUCAUGUGCAACCACCUGAGGUUCAACCUGCCUGAGGUGCAGAAAGUCAUGCCCAACGACACCUUCUACUUCUCCAUCCUGAGGAACCCCGUGUUCCAGAUGGAGUCCUCCUUCAUCUACUACAAAACCUAGGUCCCCGCCUUCUGGGGCGCCCCGAGCCUGGACGCGUUCCUGGCCUCGCCGCGGACGUUCUACAACGACAGCCGCCUCCUCAGGAACGUCUACGCCAAGAACAACAUGUGGUUCGACUUCGGCUUCGACCCCAACGCGCCGCCCGAGGAGGGCUACGUGCGCGCGCGCAUCGCCGAGGUGGAGCGGCGCUUCCAGCUGGUGCUCAUCGCCGAGCACCUGGACGAGUCCCUGGUGCUGCUGCGGCGCCGGCUGCGCUGGGCGCUGGACGACGUGGUGGCCUUCAGGCUCAACUCCCGCAGCGCGCGCUCCGUGACCCGCCUGGCGCCCGAGACCCGGGAGCGCGCGCGGAGCUGGUGCGCACUGGACUGGCGCCUGUACGAGCAUUUCAACCGCACCCUGUGGGGGCAGCUGCGCGCCGAGCUGGGGCCGCGGCGGCUGCGCGAGGAGGUGGAACGGCUGCGCGCCCGGAGACGCGAACUCGCGACCCUGUGCCUGCAGGACGGCGGCGCGCCCAAGAACCACACGCAGAUCAGAGACCCGCGCCUGCGCCCCUACCAGCCCGGCAGGGCCGACAUCCUGGGCUACAACCUCCGGCCGGGCCUGGACAACCAGACGCUGGGCGUGUGCCAGAGGCUUGUGAUGCCUGAGCUCCAGUACAUGGCCCGCCUGUACGCCCUGCAGUUCCCCGAGAAGCCCCGCAAGAACAUCCCGUUCCCGGGGGCGUAGAGGGGCCAGGCCGGGGACGAGGCCUCCUGCGGACACCAGCCUCUCUCUCCGCCGUCGGAUCCUCGCAGGGCUUCUGGGGCGUUGGGAAACCCAGGCCCGCCGGCCACGGCUCUAAAAUGAAGAGGGCGGAGACCCCAGUGAGAAGCACCCCCCACAGUCCGCCCAGAUCCCUCCCAGAGGGGGCCCUGAGCCCAGGCGGCAGCCACCCGCCCCCCCUUCCGAGGCUGUGCCUCUGUUUACUGAAUAGAACUGAACACGAGGGUGGGGACUGGGGGAUGUUGGAUCACAGGUCAGCACCUGCCCGGCAGGACGCGCCUGCCCGUGAGCCCCGGGACUCCCCAGGGUCCUGGGCACUGGGGCUGUGGGUCCUCGGAGGAACUCAGAGUGGUUCCCCUGAAUUUCCCGGCCCUGGCGACAAGGUGCUGGUCCCACAGACAGGUGCAGGCACAGGCAGUGCCACAAAGACCGGCCCGGGAGCGGGGCAGGGGCCAGGGCUCAGCCGCUCCCGAACAGCUCCGCAUCUUUCGCUGUAGGAGGUUUGGUUCUGAUGGAAGGACGUUUCCUACAGAGAGAUGGCACAACUGCUCACAAGACCAGGGCUCUAGCUGGAGCCCAGUUCGAGCUUGGCUCCACGACCCCCACUAGUCAGCCCCUAAUGCCUCGUGAAUGAGAGGGGUCUCACUUGCCAAAGGAGGAUGGAGUGGUUGGGGGUCCACACACCCUUGGUUGCCUUGGAGACCAUGUUGGGUGUGGUGCCAGAGGGCAGCUGUGGGCACCCCUCUUUGUCAUUCACAGGGAGGGACAGAGCCUCCCUGCCUGGCAGGACGUGAUCCCUGGCUGCCAGGGGCUCAGCGGGUAAAGGGGGUGCACUCACCAGGACCAGCCGAUGCCUGGGGCACCCAGGAAACGCAGCUACUCUGAAGCACACUCAGCCUGGAGGCUGAGACCCCAGCAGUGGGUCUAGGCCUGCAGGUCUAGGUGUGUCCAUGGUUUUUUGGGGGCGGGAAACCAGCAUUUCAAGAAGGGAGAGAACCUGAAACAGCAGCAUAGGUGGCUCCCUCGGACCCCAGUGUAAUGGGGGAGCUUCAGGAAGAGUGAAUUUUCAGUGAGAGUCGGCCGUGAAGAAUGGCAGGAGCUGCGCUGAGUCAGAGUCAGCCAGGGACCUCUGCAGGCCACCCUCCCUCCCCCCUCAGCCCAGGGACCUCUGCAGGCCACCCUUCCUCUCCCCUCAGCCCAGGGACCUCUGCAGGCCACCCUUCCUCUCCCCUCAGCCCAGGGACCUCUGCAGGCCACCCUCCCUCCCCCCUCAGCCCAGGGACCUCUGCAGGUCACCCUUCCUCUCCCCUCAGCCCAGGGAAGGCACAGGAGAGGAUCUGCCAGGUAAAGGGAAAGCGGCCCAGGAGGCGCCCACAUGCCAACAACAGGAGUCCCAGAAGACAGAAAAGACCACAUAUGAGAAAGCAGGUCACGCAGAGAACAAAACAUUCCCAGACCAAACCCAGGGUCGGGCUGCUCAUUCCCGAGGCCCGACAGCGAGAUGCAGAUGAACUGGGGAAGAAGAGAGAUUUUAUUUCUGUAACUGGUUACAGGGAGAAGGCCUGGAAAUGAUCGCCAGACCAACUCCAGAUUACAGAGUUUUUCCAGAGCUUAUACACCUUCUAAGCUCUAUGUCUACGUGUAAGUGUGCAUUCAUCUAAAGACAUACGUGAUUAAAUUCUUCUAAUCUCUAACCGAGGUCUGAGUCCUGAAGACCUUCCUCUGGAACCUCAGUAAAUUUACUUGAUCUAAAUGGGCCCAGGUGUUUACCCUUAUCUUGUCUUCUGCUAAAUGUGGAGGUUUGGGGAGUUCCUUCAGACCUCAGUAAACUUGUUUGUGGAGGCCUGGGGAGUUUUUUCAGACCCCCAAUAAAACUUGUUUAAUCCUAAA